UCACAGUCCACUGUUCUUUUCAUCGGCAAGGGGAUGAGUCAGUGGCGAGUGUCUGUCGCUCGCUGUGCUUCAGCCGCGUGACCGUCUCCCCUUCAGACGAGGGAGGAAGGAACAACGCACUCAGGAUGGCAGGCGUGGAGUGUGUUCCCGAGAGUCACGACCUCGGACAGAUGGGCGACGAGGAAUUGUGGGAGCUGAUAAACGACAACCGCCACCGGAUCUCCUUGGGGGUGCGGCCAUGCAUCCUGAUCCCCUACCUGAGGCAGGCCAGGGUGCUCACCGAGAUGGACGAGGACGAGAUCCUCUCCUGCCACAACCUCACCAACCGCAGCAUGAGAACCAGCCACAUGCUGGAUCUGCUGAGGACCCAGGGGAAGAAUGGGGCCGUGGCCCUGGUGGAGAGCCUGAUGAUCCACUACCCGGCCCUGUACACCCAGGUCACGGGGCGCAAACCCAGCACCGAGCCGUCCAGAUUCAGUGGCCUGAUAAAGUACUCGGAGCUGACGGAGUAUCUGGUCAGAGCAGUAACGGGGAUGCAGAAAGAGCUCCAGGCGGCGCGUGACGAAGCCAGCAAAAAGAGCGCCCGCUGCGCCUCUCUGCAGUCCGAGAUUCAGCAGAUGAAGGAGCUGUCGGAGAGGUCCAGAUGUCUUCAGUCUGAAAAUCAACACAUGCGGAGACUCUUGGGUUCUUUGCAACAUGACAUCACGAGGCUGAAGGAUGAAAAGUGUGACCUGUACAUGCGCUACACAGGAGCCGUUGAGGAGAAAUCCUCUGUGAACCUGCGGCUCCAUGACCUCAACCUGCAGCUGUACCAGCUGCAGACCGAGCUGCAGAAGGCUCAGGCGGACAGCGAGUUCCAGAAGCGGCAAUCUCUCAGGUGCGCUGAGACGCCGCAACUGCAAGACAAGGCCAGGAAACUGCAAUUCCAGCUGGUGAAGGAGGAAAAACUGGACCCGGCUCGACGGGACAUCUUGGCACAGGACCUGGCCGAGGCCAUUGACAGCCAGGUGGAGCUUGCAGAGCAGCUCAGGUGUUACAGAGAGGAGAACGAACAGCUGCUGGGAGAGAAGCGAGUGCUCUUGGAGCAAAAAGAGUGCCUGAGCCUCCAGGUGCAGCAGCUGACCCUGGACUGUAACAUGCACCAGAAGAAGAUCACUGUGAUCCAGAACCAGAUGAAAGAGCUGCAGGCAGAGAGAGACCAAGCGUACCUGUCCAGAGACGAGGCCCAGACCAUGAUUGCCCGUAUCCUGGCUGAGAAGGACACCCUGCGCUCUCAGCUGGUCGAGCUCCAGGAGCAGGUCUGCAGCAUGCAGGCCCAACGCUGCCCCAGCAAACAUCUACGGAGGAGGUCAGAUUUGACUACGGAGUGGGACUGGGAGAGCCUGAGAUCCAGCUUUGAAAAUGGCCCAACGUCUCCACCCAGGAUCUCCAACCGACGAAGACUUUGUCGCAUGGAUGCAGUCAAUCCCCAUUCCAUCAGUUCCUUCACUUCAGAGUGUGAAGAUGCAGGUAGUGUCCGAUCCCGAAACGUGGAGCCCCCCUGUCCAGAGUCUCUCCGCAGAAGGGAGGAGGCUUUGUAUGCAGACAGCUCGGAAGCAGUGCAGAGUGAAUUUCUAUUGGAAGACUUUGUGUUUAUCCCCACAGAAAUUGAAGACGGGAACAAGUCCAGAUUUUCCUCUUGUAAGGCCUCCUGCAGUGAUGGCCUGUGCAGAACCUCGGUGCCUCCCUUCCUGAUGCGCUCGCGUCAGAAAGCGAUCCGGGUCAACGGCCGCGUCCUGAGCAUCUCGCUCCAGGGGGAGGCGCUGCUCCAACAGCUGGCAGUGGUGGGAGGCAACAAGACAGGAGUGUUUGUGCACCAGGUGACCGAAGGCACCGCUGCCCACACCGUCGGCAUCGGCCCCGGGGCGCAAAUAGUGGAGGUGAAGUACGAGCAGAACCAGAAGGCUCUGAGAAUGGUGCUGGAGGAUUCCACUUUGGAGGAGGCCAUGUGGGCUCUUGGCCAGGUCACGGGCCUCUGUCACCUCUCCCUCCGGCCGCGGCAAGAUGACUACGAGGCGCUGCUGCAGCAGCUGCGGAGCAACGAGACGUCCUCUGGAGACUCCUUCUACGUACGGGUCAACUUGUCUCUCCCUGCUGGGCCCAACUGGACCCUGGCUGUGUCCUGCAACGACAUCCUUCAUGUGACCAACACGCGACCCGCUGGCACCAAGGACUCCUGGUACGCCAGCCAGGUUCACCCCUGUCAGCUACUGGACCUCCAGAGCGGCAGCUUACCCAACUAUUACAGGGCACAGCGACUUCUGAUUAGAGCCAUUGAAGACAUGACUUUUCAAACAAAGAGCUCUCAAAAGGUUGCGCGUUUCGGGGCGGGGAAUAAGCAGAAGGUUGUGAGGAUUGUCGGCACCGGGCGCCAGGGCAGGAAGCCACUUUGGGUCAGUGUGGAGGGAGAAAACAGCGUGCAGAGUCCAGAAUCAGGUGAUACUUCUGCACCCAGGAGUUGUCUGACCCUCAUGCCCUACAGCCUGGUCACGCCACACUUCCCACCCGUCUGCAGGCCGGUCCUGCUGCUGCCCACCAUCCUGGGACACAUCCUGAGCAAGAAGAUGGCAGACUGGCAGGGCUUCCGGCUCUGUGAGCCUGAGGUGCUGAGCUCCAGCGAGCAUGCAGCCCGGCUGCAGAGGUCCGAGAUCCUGGAGGAGUGCGAUGAGGGACGAAGCUGCUGCUACACCCUGCAGAGUGUCGAGAAAGUCAUGAAGACGGGGACUCACUGUGUGCUGCCGUUGGGGCUGGACUGUGUGCGUCGGCUGCACCGCGCCGAUAUCUUCCCCAUCAUCAUCUUCAUCGGCCAGUCGGCACGUAGUGCAAAGAAACUGAAGUCCAAGCUGCAGCGUCACAGCCAGUCGGAGGAGCAGCUGUUGGCGUGUUCGAGGAGCGAGGAGCCGCUGCUGGACAAGCUGCCCUGCCUGUAUCACAGCGUGGCGCAGGACUCCUGGUGUGACCAGAACUCGCUGCUGACCCACCUGCGCACCAUCAUUUGGGAGGAGCAGAAGAAGAUCGUCUGGGCGGAGCCUGACCUGUGGUAAAACAGAGGAGAGAUUAAAAUAAAUGGAAAGUGCUGAAAGACCUUUUUCAUAACAUGACCUUGAGAAUAGAUUCAGCUUACAAUUCAUAUUUUUGUAAACAUGCGUUUAUGCGUGUAUGUGUAUGCGUUUAUGCGUGUAUGUAUCUAUGAUACUUAUAAGGAACUGGGUGACGGGAGUCUCAGAAAGUGCUAUGUAUUGUACUUUCAAAGUGUAUGGCGCUGUGGCACUAUUUACUUUAACCUAACAUGAAAACAUGUUCUUCUCUUUGUUGCCUCACUUUUUGAGGCCUUUGUUUAAGGCGAACGCCAGCUUGAGGUGUCCCCUAAAAACACAAGCAUAUAUGGGUUCAAACCACAAUUUAUUGUAGAUCAUUUCCCAAUAUGAGGGACCUCCGGAUCUGUCAUCUCGAGUGCUUAAUCGGAAUGUUUUGGUUUUGUUUUGUUUGUCAGUUAAGGGAUUAGAUAUUUUUUGCGUGCAUGGGGUUAAUGAAAGAGUUUGUGCUCAUAAUGUCCUUCAUUGUGCCGCCAAAUAUUCGGUCUGUCUUUAUUGUCGACUUUUAAUAAACUGUGCUAACCCUCUGAAUUUCUG